UUCUUCAGUAGCUAAGCUCCCUAAAAGGAAUUGGAUUAUAGCGGCUAUUCACUAGAACCUAGGUCUCGGUUUUAGCCCGGACCCUACCUGCUAGGCACAUACACGUACCUAGUAGUAUGGAUACCUAGGUAGGUAGCAGAAACCCCAAUUUGCCCCACUACAACUGCCAAAUACUAAAAUCCUUCCACUUUCACAUGCGACGCGUUGAUCUUCAUGAUUCCAGGUUCAAGUAUUCUAUCGGCGUCUUCUUUUCGAGGAGCACUCAAAUAAGAAUGCGAGAUAUCUCAUGUCCAAUCCCAAUCCCAAUUCCAAGGACGUAGUAAUAUAACAUGUCUUAUUACGACAUAGACUCUAUACUUACGGAUGCCGAAAAAGUCCCUUGCAAAUUCGAGCUCGACGUACCCGAACUCGGCUAUCUAGACAAUAACCCAUCGCAUCCUCUCAAAGCUGGUACUUCGAUUGGCCUACCGCUAUGGCUCGCUGAACCCCUCGCUCUUACUAGAAGAGAACCAACUAGCUCGGAAGAAGAUUCCAAGUCGUUCGUCUCGCUUGACCUCCCACAGUCGUUGUCCAACGAAGUCAUGUCGGCCUUAAAGGCAGAUCCUCGUGCAGUGCCCCUUCGCGACCAAUCGCAUAACUUCUACGGGCUCGGAACUCGCAUGCUCGACGUCUUUGAGGAGAGGGAAAUAUGCGCGAUCCUCAGGCGGACCUUUGUCAUGAGAGCUACCGACAUUGCGCUCCACGCCAGGAAAGCCGGUGCCACCGAGGAUAUGGGUGUUGGCGCCGGUGAAGAAUUCCUGAGAGGGUUGGAGGAAUGGGAGAGGAAGCUUUUUAGGAAGGCCCACGAAGGUACUAAGGGAGGUAAGGAGUGGAUGGAAGGCGUUAAGAAACAUUGACCGACCUAGGUCGCCAACGAUUUAUCAUAGAUAUGCCAUUGUUGCUAUGGAAUAGGUACUUAGGUAUGAAUUAUUAGAUUUCUAUGAUAAUAGAAAGAAACUUGCAAAGAUUUACGUACGCACGUACC